AGUAUCUACUCAGGCCUAUAAAAGAUGUUUGAUUUAAAACUUGGCACCAGUUCUCUAAGUUGAACGAUUUCUAAAAAUAUACCGUAUGUAUAUUAUAGUUAAUUUUAAACGCUAAGCUCUAUAAGCAUAGACUUCUGAAUUCAUUCAUUGAGCACAUAACGCAUGCAAUAUGCCUUUGCAAAUCAAAUCACGUGUAAACGAUACAGAAAAACACAGUUUAGAUAUAACAGCUCUCAUCUUUAAUAAUAAUAAACUGUAUAGCGCAUCAGACGACGGGAAAAUUAAGGUAUGGGAUAAAAAUCUGAAAUUACUAGAUGAAGUAAUAGCUCAUCCGUGUUCUGUAUUUUCAAUUACAAUUGGAGAUAAUAGAAUAUAUUCGUGCUCAAACGACGGAUUUGUCAAAUCAUGGCCAUUAAAUAAUUUACAAUGCGAAGAAAUUGUACUUCAAGAACCAAACGAGAUGUACAAAGUGAAUUUUAAUGACGGUAAAUUAUAUGUGGGAGACGAUGCUGGGCUGGUCAGAAUAUUUUGUAAGAGCACAAUGGUGGGUGUUUUGGAAAUAAUGCAUCCAAUUGCCGAUCUUUUGGCACUAGGAAAUUUAAUAUACACCGCACGAGAUUUAUAUGUACUUGUAUCGGAAAUUCACCCAGAAACCAAACGGAUGGCCACAGUGAAGGCUAUAGAAGGUAGAUCACCAGUUUGUGUGAUCGGAGAAAAACUGUGUUUUACCAAUCGUGGAGGCAAAGACAUCCUCCUCCACUCGAACUCAAAGGCGUCUGAAUUUCAGCAAAUUGCCGUAGCCAAGGACGCGCACGAAUUAAUUAUAACCGCUUUGUGUGGACAUUCAGACGGAGACCAAGAGUGGUUAUAUUCAGGCGGUUGGGACAAGGUUGUAAAGCGAUGGAGGAUUGCUUCCGAAUUAACACUGGUGGAUACGUGUCCUUUGGAUGUACCAAUCACCUCAAUUACGAUGGGGAAUAAUGGAGAACUUUACGUUGGAGGGGCUGAUGGGAAUAUUUAUUGUGUGACCUACCAUUAAACAAUCAUCUGCGGGUAUUCGCGGACCAAAGAAAAAGUGUUACACGGACAGUAAAAAUUAACGCGUUCACCCAUAUUAUUAUGGUAGAUGCAAGUGGUGGUGUUCAUACGAGUCCAGGCGCAUGUCGCAUAUGUAUUGAACCAAAGCAAAUAGACUUUACUUUACCUUUUUACUCGCAUUUUUGUUUAUUUUAUAAUUAUUGCAGUAGUUAAAAGUAGCCGAUAUUGUUGAUGAAUUGGCAAAACCACAUAGUAUCAAAUAAGCUUAAUCGUAUUUAUUAAAUGUAUAAUCUUUACCUAUGUAAAAAUCUUCUGCACAUGUGUUGUAUCAACUCCUGAACCGCUGGAGGGAUUUUUAUGAAAUUUUGUUCAUGUGUCUCUGUGUGUUCCCAGAAAUCCCAGAUAGCUUAGAUUCACAAUGGCGUCGAUCUUUCGAAAAAUCUUUUUUAUUAUACCUGAAUCACAAUCUCCGUUUUAAACACUCAAAUGCGUGCGAAAAAGGG